AUGUUGAUCUUCAGGCUUCAAGAUAGUCAAUAUUAUGGUGUCCAACACGGCUCGUUGUUUUACGAGUGGCACGCACGUCUUGGACCGGCGACGCGCACGCGACUUGAUACAGCACAUCGCGCUGUGGGGCUACCGGUGCUUGACGCAAGUGCAUACGACCCCGAUUCGCUAGCUGAGAUAGUGAGGGCCGAAGAAGUGGCUAUCCUUGAAGAUAUGGGACUCGAUAUCUAUUCCAGAUUCUUGCGACGCCGUCCAUGGACAAUCUUUCGGCUUCGGAUCGAAUUCUUGCUCAACGGCUACACGCAGACGCACGGCCAGAUCUUCUCCAUCGCGGCGCAGGAACCAGGUAAUGGUACAUGGGCUGAUUACUUUCCGUGGUUCGCGAAACAUAAAGAAGCGCUUCGUUAUGUGAUGGCCGUUUUGCCUUUUCCAGAGCUGGCGGCGCAACAGAUUCCGAUUGAACAGUUAAUGGAAUGGGGUGCAGUAGAGGCUUAUCGACAGCAAAUCACAAGUCUGCGACGCGUGGCUGAUGACGAAGAAAGUGACGACAGGGCAAGGACUCACUGUCGUGACUGGCUAAGUUCUUGCGAGAGUGCUUCACCUCAGGAAGCCCAAAUGCUAGCGAAAAGCGAUUCUAGCUGGGAAUAG